UGAAGCUAAGUGGAGUAACGCUUUUAAAAAGCGUCGAAAGAUGGCAAUGCAUUUCUACAUUUAUAUACUUUUAAUGAUUUAUAUUUCUUCAAAAUUAAAACAAACAAUUUAAAAAUAUUAGACAAAAAUCGUAACAAUUUUUUAACAUUUCAAACCUUUUAUUAACGAAAAUUUAUCAGCUGAAAUAAGAUAAAACCAAACAAAAUCUUACUGCCACCUAUCGACUGUCAACUAAUAGUCAACAACUCAUUCAGCCAGUUUCUUGCUUGCCAUUCUCAUCUAACUUACUUUAAAAUCCGGGUACCGCGCACUGAAAAUGGACAUUCCUGAUUCUGUUCACAUUCCAGUUUCUCUUCAAAAAUUAGAAAGGAAGGAAGGAUCGGCCGAUCCGUCCGAACGGCAGCGACAGCAGUUCGGCACGAUCUAUUUCCCGGAAGGCACCACAACGAACUACGCCUGCGUGUACAUCACGGAGAGGCAGAGAUCUUCUCUCGGCCCCACGGGAAUCUGGCUUCUGCAGAGCCGUCCGUUGGACCAGACCGAGAAGUCCUUUGAAAAUAUCAAAGACUCCAAACACGAACUCAAAGAAGGACUUGAAUAUGUUGCUCUAUACUAUACUGGACCUGAUAUAUUCCUCAUUCAAUAGAAUUAAAAAAGAAACUAAAUAAAUACAAUAAUAAAUAAAAACUUAAAUAUAAUAACAUGUUCAGUUAAUCAUUAACUGUUAAUGAAUUAACAUUAACUGAAUAGCACUUCCACAGAUUCCAUAUAUUUUUUAUCCAAUGUUCAACAUGAUUGUCUUUGAAUGUUUUUGAAUUAAUUCAAAUUUUUUAUUUAGAUAAUUUUAUCACAUACGUGAAUAUUUUUCUUUACUGAUAUUUCUACCUUUUAUUAGUGAUAAUGCCAUUUUACAAUCUAUUAUACAUCCAUUUAACUAUUUGUCCUGCCGUGUAUAGCUUAAUUAUUCUGUGAAAUGUGUAUAUUUUGUAUGUUUCUUGCAAACUAACUGUAUAACUGUGAUUCAUUUUAUUUUUAUGAUGUAAAAAAAUGAAAUACGAAUGCCAAAAA